AUGAAAACUCUCAUUCUUUGCGUGUUAUUUUCUCUGUACACCAUACCCAACGUAACGCAAACUGCAGAAAAUAGUAGCAAUAAACUGGGAGAUGUCUUGAAAAAUCACACAAAAGCGGUUUACAACUCCACGAAAAACCAACAAGACGAAGAAGAAAACUUACUGAAGCAAGAAACCCACAAAUUACUGUCGGAAUGCGGCGUGGAGACCUCGGAUAAUAAUUACGACGAUAACGAUUAUUAUGGCAACAGGAGAGGGUCGAAUAAACCAAGAAGAGGUAACAAUUAUGACUUCGGUGAUUCUGGCUCCAGACGUAAAAAUUCGAACCGGCGUCGAAAUAACAACAGAGAUAAAAGUAACGAGAGUGGCGAUUAUGGUAACAGUUACAAUAAUCGGUACGGUAACCGUAAUAAUGGUAACCGUUACUCCAACUAUGAUAACGACAGCGACGACGACAAUGAUUCGAAUGAGAGUAACCAUCGACACGGGAACCGCAAACAACAAAGUAAUUCGAAUAAACGUUACGGGAAUAAACGUUACAAUAAUGAAAACUAUAGCGACGAAGAAGAGUCGAGUGAGUCUAAUCAGGGUGGUUAUAACAACAAGGGAAUGAAACGGUUUAACAGAACUGCAUCAUCAUCAAAUAACAAAGGUUAUUCCAAUAAUAAUGGUUACAAUAAUGGUAACACUUACGGAAGUAAUGGUUACAAUAGUGGCUACAGUAACGGAUAUAAUAAUGACUGUAAGGAUGAAAAUCGCGGCUACUACGACAGCAACAACCGUAACCAGUGGAAACCAUAUGGUGCCAAUGAAGGAAAUUAUGGUUAUGAUAGUGGGACUUAUGGCUACAAUUCAUUUGGAAAUAACGGUAACAUGAGACGAGGCGUCAGCGGACCAGGAUACAGCAGGAAUUUCGACAUAAAUCUCAGAGCGAAGCGAUCAAAUAAUGACGAGGAUUCGCAGUGCGUCAGCCAAUGUGUUUUCGGUUAUCUGGAAGUGUUAGACGAUAAUAGAGUGCCUUCGGAGACAUUGGUCAUUAAAUGGCUGCAGGACCAUUUAUCAAACGAUAUGAAAAGAAUCAGAGCUCUUCGGGAAGCCAGACGAUGUUUUGCGAGACUGUCCACUUCGGAUAUAGAAGAUGGAUGUGAGUUUUCGCAGUCGUUAUCUAAAUGUUUAAAUUUAGAACUUGAAUGAAAAGAAUGUAAACAAAUUAUCAAUAAUUUAAAAAUCAAUAAAUAUGCUACAGGUGU